AUGGAGGUGGGCUUAUCGGCCGUCACGCUCUAUCUAGCCGGCGCCAGCGGCCCUGAGGCGGCGGCGACGAUGGACCGGGAGCCCGGGAGCCGCGCGGAGGCGGGAGAGGCAGCGGCUGCCUCGGGAGCGGCGGCCGCCGCGGCCUUCCGAGACCCGGCGCGGCAGAUGAGUAAUGAAAGAAGCUUUGAAAAUGUAGAACUGGGAGUCAUUGGAAAAAAGAAGAAAGUCCCAAGGAGAGUCAUCCACUUUGUUAGUGGUGAGACAAUGGAAGAAUAUAGCACGGAUGAAGAUGAAGUCGAUGGCCUGGAAAAGAAAGAUGUCUUGCCUACUGUUGAUCCGACAAAACUUACCUGGGGUCCCUACUUAUGGUUUUAUAUGCUUCGUGCAGCCACGUCAACUCUCUCAGUGUGUGACUUUCUUGGAGAGAAGAUUGCAUCUGUUUUGGGCAUCAGUACCCCAAAAUACCAAUAUGCCAUUGAUGAGUAUUACCGGAUGAAGAAGGAGGAGGAGGAGGAGGAGGAAGAAAACAGGAUGUCUGAAGAAGCAGAAAGACACUACCAACAGAAUAAGCUGCAGGCUGAUUCCAUUGUUCAGACAGAUCAACCAGAAACAGUGGUGUCCAGUUCAUUUGUGAAUCUCAAUUUUGAAAUGGAGGGAGAAUGUGAAGUAUUUACAGAAAGCAAACAAAAUCCAGUCUCUGUCCCACCAUAG